AUGGAAAACUAUCAUCCGGUGUUGGGAGAUGGCACCUCCGGGACAGCGGAGCUGGAUGAUCAUAAUGUGGGCGACAUUGGUAGAGCACGACCUCGUCGGCAUGAUGAUGAAGAUGAUGGCUCUGAUAUCUUAGAGGAUGAUGACUUGGAGAGCAUAGUUGGCGGCCCAACUAAUGGACAUCAGAAGGGGCAUGGAAGUGCAGAGGAGGAGAGAGAGCUUCCUGCUCACGCAUGCGCGUACUGUGGUAUCCAUAACCCUAGCAGCGUGGUGAAGUGUCUAUCGUGCAACAAGUGGUUCUGCAGUGCUAGAGGCAAUACGUCUUCUUCGCAUAUCGUCAACCACCUUGUUCGUGCUCGCCAUAAGGAAGUCCAGUUACACCCUGCUUCCUCUCUCGGAGAUACUACCCUCGAAUGUUAUAAUUGCGGUACAAAGAAUGUCUUCCUGCUUGGCUUUAUCCCUGCGAAAUCAGAUACUGUGGUGGUUCUUCUUUGUCGACAACCAUGCGCCGCAAUGCCAUCAUCAAAGGAUAUGAAUUGGGAUACAUCUCGCUGGCAGCCCCUCAUUGAGGACCGAUCUUUCCUGCCCUGGCUUGUGGCUGUGCCGUCCGAUCAAGAACAGCUUCGCGCACGCCAUCUUAGCCCGCAGUUGAUCGCCAAGCUUGAGGAGAUGUGGAAAGAGAACUCCCAGGCGACUCUGGAAGAUUUGGAGAAGGCAACUGCGGUAGAUGACGAACCUGCACCAGUCCUGCUGCGCUACGAUGAUGCGUAUCAAUACCAGAACAUUUUUGGUCCUCUGGUAAAAAUUGAAGCCGACUAUGACCGAAAACUCAAGGAAUCUCAAUCCCAGGAUGGGUUGAUUGUCAGAUGGGAUUUGGGUCUGAACAACAAGCACCUUGCCAGUUUUGUCCUUCCCAAGUUGGAGCUUGGAGAUGUCAAGCUAGCCGUGGGUGAUGAGAUGCGUUUGAAGUACACUGGCGAGCUGCGAUCUAAGUGGGAAGGUGUCGGAUAUGUCAUGAAAAUCCCGAACAACCAGUCCGAUGAGGUCACCAUCGAAUUACGUUCCAAGGGGGACCACAAGUCUGUACCCACCGAAUGUACACACAAUUUUACUGCGGAUUACGUUUGGAAGUCUACCUCUUUCGAUCGCAUGCAACUGGCCAUGAAAACAUUCGCCGUCGAUGAACAAAGUGUGUCAGGCUAUAUUUUCCACCGUCUCCUUGGACAUGAAGUUGCCGCCGCUCCGAUGAAGACCCAAAUUCCCAAGAAAUUCAGUGUUCCUGGACUGCCAGAUCUCAAUGGCAGUCAGAUAAAUGCUGUGAAAAGUGUUCUCCAGCGGCCACUAAGUUUGAUUCAAGGUCCUCCUGGUACCGGAAAGACUGUGACUUCAGCUACCAUUAUCUAUCACCUUGCGAAGCUCAACGGUGGCCAAGUAUUGGUGUGUGCCCCAUCCAACGUUGCGGUUGAUCAGCUUUGUGAGCGCAUCCACCGCACUGGUCUCAAGACAGCUCGAGUAACAGCAAAAUCUCGCGAGGAUGUUGAGUCCCCUGUCGGCUUCCUCUCCCUGCAUGAGCAAGUUCGCAUGAAUGAUAGCAGCAUUGAACUGGUGAAACUCAAUCAACUGAAGGCAGAGCUUGGCGAGCUAUCCAGUCAAGAUGAGAAGCGGUUGAAGCAGGUGACUCGUGCCGCCGAGCGUGAAAUUCUCAACAAUGCCGAUGUGAUCUGUUGUACUUGCGUUGGUGCUGGUGAUCCUCGUUUGGCAAAGCUCAAGUUCCGCACGGUCUUGAUUGAUGAAUCGACCCAAUCUGCCGAACCUGAGUGCAUGAUUCCCUUGGUUCUCGGCUGUAAGCAGGUUGUCCUUGUUGGCGAUCACCAGCAGCUUGGACCCGUCAUUAUGAACAAGAAGGCCGCUAAGGCUGGCUUGAACCAGUCCCUCUUUGAACGACUCGUCAUCCUAGGAUGCUCGCCUAUCCGCCUCAAUGUCCAGUACCGUAUGCACCCCUGUCUUUCUGAGUUCCCUUCCAACAUGUUCUAUGAGGGAUCUUUGCAGAACGGUAUCACCAUCCAGGACAGACUUCGUCGGGACGUGGAUUUCCCUUGGCCUAUGAUGGAUGACCCUAUGAUGUUCUGGUCGAAUCUUGGCAAUGAAGAGAUCUCAGCCUCAGGAACAUCGUAUCUCAACCGCACUGAAGCCACCAAUGUCGAGAAGAUUGUUACGCGCUUCUUCAAGGCAGGCGUUCAACCCAGGGACAUCGGUAUCAUCACUCCGUAUGAAGGACAACGCAGCUACAUCGUCAGCUCUAUGCAGGCUACUGGUACAUUCAAAAAGGAGCACUACAAGGAAAUUGAAGUGGCAUCCGUCGAUGCGUUCCAGGGACGUGAGAAGGAUUACAUUAUUCUUUCUUGCGUUCGUUCCAACGAUCACCAAGGUAUCGGCUUCUUGAGUGACCCGCGCCGUCUCAACGUUGCUCUAACUCGUGCGCGAUUCGGUCUGGUCAUUCUGGGUAACCCGAAGGUGCUAUCCAAGCAUCCUCUUUGGAACUGUCUCUUGCAGCACUUUAAAGAACGCCAUUGCCUGGUGGAGGGUCCACUGUCCAAUCUGCAAGAGUCUCUGAUUCAGUUCAGCCGCCCGAAGCAGGCCUAUCGCGGUCCCCAGCGCUUCCAGAUGAACUUCAAUGCAUCAUCUAAUGCAUCAAGUGGCACCAUGAACGGACGAAAUGGUCACCGAAAUGAAUAUCAAGAUACUGGGUCCGUGGUUGGCUAUAUUCCUGAUGAUGUUUCUUCGGUUCAUUCCUCUGCUGUAGGCGGGGUUGGCCUCCCUUCCGGAUAUCCGCCGAUGUUUCAAAAUUUCGCAGACCAGUGGCCCUCUCUCUCUGGCGGUCGUCGGGCAAAUGCUGGACGGGCAAAGGGCGCCCCCAGUGUUGCUGGAGAAUCCGUUGCAGCCACCGAGUCAGAUAUUACUGGCAGUAUUAUCGAUGGACAGAGUGUCAACCAGGGCGGGGUCAGCCUUGCUGGCUUGAAUAUCAACGACAUGAGCAAGCAACCCAGUCUCAGCCAGUCUGACCGUCUGAAGCGGUACGUUGAAUCCGGUGGACGGGAACCCUACCGCGCCGGAGUUCCCGACAACGGCAGUGUCUUUGGCGGCAGCUCCGCUAGCCUUCGUGUCACUCGUGGUGUCCCAGGUCACAACAUUCAUGACGACGAUGAUGCCCGCAGCGUUUCUACUGCCUUUGCUAGCCAGGUCGGUGGUAACUACGACUGA